AUAGUGUUUUUUUUUCUGUCUUUAUUUUUCAUCAGGUAACCCUAAAACUAUACACCGUGAUGUAAAGGCUGCUAAUGUUCUUAUCGAUGAUAGCUACGAGGCAAAGGUAUUCUAAAAAAUUAACUUUUAAUAACCUGUCAAGGUUUAUUUGAAACGUACGACUAAAUAAACAUGAUUGAUUCAUCAGUUAGCAGAUUUUGGACUUGCCAAGUGUUGUUUAGACAAUGAUACUCAUGUUUCUACUCGGAUCAUGGGAACAUGCGGGUAUGGAAACAUUUUUCUAUAUGCAACCUGUCCUGCAGUGACAAUCUUUAAACUUGUUUCUUGUGAUGUGGAUGCAGAUACUUAGCCCCUGAAUAUGCAUCUUCUGGGAUACUCAGCGACAAAUCAGACGUCUUCUCAUUCGGAGUUAUGCUUCUGGAACUGAUAACUGGACGCAGGCCUGUUGGUAAAUCACAUCCGUUUGCCGAUGAAGAAAACAUCGUUGAUUGGGUGAGUAAUUUUCGUUUUCCCUUACUAUCAAUUUUUUUUUUGGGCACGGUUCUAAAAUUUUACCUCUUGCACUAGGCAAAGCCUCUUAUGUUACAAGCCUUAAACACUGGAAAUUACCAUGGUCUUGUUGACCCGAGACUGGAGAAAGAUUUUGAUAUUAGCGAAAUCAAGAGAAUGGUUCUCUGCGCUGAUGCUUGUGUCCAACAUUCAGCAAAGCACCGACCAAAAAUGAGCCAGAUAGUUCGAGCAUUUGACAAGAGCAUAUCUCUAGAUGACCUAAUCCAAGGGGUUGCUCUAGGAGACACCACUAGUUACAACUUAGACGGGAGCUCAGAUUAUACCUCAAUGGAGUACAAAGAAGACGUGAAGAAAUUCAAGAGAUUGGUACUUGAAAGCCAGACAUUUGGUAGCAGCGAUUUGACCAGUGACAAUGGUCAGAGCUCAUCAGGCUCCUUCUGCAUCAAAUCUGAGACGUAGGAGACCCAAAUAAAAGAAACAUAUACACAUUUUUAUCCAAGCCACGUGAAUGGAAACUGACCAAUAGUGUUUUAUACGCAUAUUUU